GGUUUGUCUACUUCCUGCCAUUCUGUCACCAUGUUCACGGGUCUUGUUGAGAAGAUUGGAACGGUCUCGUCCCUCGAGCCCCUCGAUACCUCGUCAAGCGGGGGCGGGGGAACCUCGCUGACCAUUACCGACUGUGAGGAGAUCCUCGUCGAUGCGCAUCUCGGCGAUAGCAUAGCUGUCAAUGGAACAUGCCUCACGGUGACCGCAUUCGAUAAGACGUGGUUCAAGGUGGGCGUCGCGCCGGAGACCCUGCGCCGCACGAACCUGGGCGCCUUGGAGACGGGGUCGAAAGUGAACCUGGAGCGCGCGGUGCUGGGCGAGACGCGGAUGGGCGGGCACUUCGUGCAGGGCCACGUCGACACGAUCGCGCAGAUCCUCUCGGUCACGCCGGACAGCAACGCGCUCGUGUUCCGCUUCCAGCCGCGCGACCAGGGGGUCAUGCGCUACAUCGUCGAGAAGGGCUACGUCACGCUGGACGGCGCCAGCCUGACGGUCACCAAGGUCGUGGAUGGCGCCGAGGGCUACUUCGAGGUCAUGCUCAUCGCGUACACCCAGGAGAAGAUCGUCACGGCGGCCAAGAAGCCCGGCGACUUCGUCAACGUCGAGAUCGAUAUCGUCGGCAAGUACGUGGAGAAGAGCGUGCAGGCGUACUUUGCUGGGUCGGCUGCGUCGGCGGGCGGCGAUUUCAGCAUGCUGGAGAAGAUGGUGUCGAGGAUUGUGGAUGAGAAGUUAAAGCGGUAGAUUUACUUUCGAUGAUAUGAAAGCAGAAAAGAAAAAGAAAAGUUCCUGUGGAAUCGAUGAUGGGUUAUGAGCUUUACGUAGUUUUUGAUGAUGCUAAGG